AUGCAGCAGACUCUCGAGCAUGGCAUCACCGUCGACGAGGCCACCCAUCUUGCAGACCAGACUUCUAGUGUCAAGUAUUCGCCAUGGACGCCGCACAUGUUCCGCCUCUACGGCGUGCUGCUGUGCGCGUAUUUCUGCGCUUGUCUGAACGGUUACGAUGGCUCGGUCAUGGGCGGCUUGAACGCCAUGACCUCCUAUCAGAAGUACUUUAACAUGAAGUCAGCUUCUGCAAGCACGGGAUUUGUUUUUGCCAUUUACAACGUCGGAGUCAUUUGUGCCAUCCCAUUUGUGGGGCCUACCAACGACUACUUUGGGAGACGCGCUGGCAUGUUUAUAGGAUCGAUCAUUGUACUUGCUGGCGCCUGUGUCAUCGGCUCAUCGUCCACCCAUGCCGCCUUCCUGGCUGGACGGUUCGUACUCGGAUUUGGCGUUGCCUUCUGCAACGUCAGCGCCCCCAUCUAUGUUGGCGAAAUCGCCCAUCCGGUGUGGCGUGGAACAAUGAUGGGUGUUUACAAUUCAUUCUGGUCUGUCGGUUCCAUUGUGGCCUCCUGGGUCGUCUACGCCGCCGCCCGCAUGGAGGGGCGACAAGUCUGGCGCAUCCCGCUGUAUUGCCAGCUUAUAUCUGCCAGCAUCGUUGCCAUUUUCGUCUGGACGCUGCCGGAAAGCCCUCGAUGGCUCAUCGCCAACGGACGCAACGAAACCGCUCGAAACGUCCUGGCUGAGUACCACGGCGAAGGAGACCGCGACCAUCCUCUUGUUAAGUUGGAGAUGGCAGAAAUGGAGAAUAUGAUCUCGACGGAAGCCUCCGACAAGAAAUGGUGGGACUAUCGCGAGCUGCUCAACACGCGUGCAGCGAGACGCCGUAUGUUUUGCGUUGUCACCAUGGCGGCCUUUGCACAGUGGUGUGGCAAUAGCGUCACGAACUACUACAUGCCGGUUAUGCUCGAAAAUGCCGGAAUCACGUCGCAGAGCAAGAAACUCAUGCUGAACGCCAUAUACCCCGUUAUCACCUUCCUGGCCACUCUGAUCGGCGCGUGGUUCAUGGAUAAGUUUGGCAGAAGAAGGCUGCUGAUGACGUCUCUCGUCUUCUGCAUCAUCUGCUUCUCCAUCAUCACGCCGACGUCCAAGCUGGCCGCCGAGAACCCGUCCAAAAGCACGGCCGCUAACACAUCCAUUGCCUUCAUCUACCUCUUCGGCAUCUCAUAUUCGGUCGGAUGGUCGCCGCUCUCGCCCAUGUACAUUGUAGAAUGUCUCGAGACCAGCACUAGGGCAAAGGGUAAGUCCGUAGCGCAGUUUGUCACUGCGCUCGCUAGCUUCGUCAUCCAGUAUUCGUCCGGCCCCGCCUUCGAACACAUCAAGUACUACUUCUACAUUGUUUUCAUAGGCUGGGAUUGCAUCGAAUUUGUCGUCAUCUACCUCUUCUGGCCCGAGACCAAUGGACGCACGCUGGAAGAGCUGGACGAGGUGUUCAAGGCGAGGAAUCCCGUCAAGAAGAGCCUGGAACCCAAGAACGUCCAGACCAUCAUCAACGCUGCGGAUGCGCAGAAGACUGUGGCAAACUAG